AUGAACGCUCUUUACAAUCACGCCAUUAAACAGAAAAGCCAACUUCAACAAGAAUUGGCUAGGUUCGAAAAGAACUCUUUGACUGCGCCUAUUUCUUUACAAGGAUCCAUCUCUGCGACUUUGGUCUCCUUGGAAAAGACCAUCAAGCAAUAUGCAGAACAUUUGAAGAGAUACAAGGAAGACACCAAUGCGGAGGAGAUCGAUCCUAAGUUCGCCAACCGACUAGCGACUUUGACACAGGAUCUGGAUGAUUUCACUUCGCGAUUUAAAGAUUUGAAACAAUCCUAUAACGAAUCUAAUUCAAGAACUCAGUUAUUCGGCUCCGGAGCAUCCCAUGUCAUGGACUCUGAUAACCCCUUUAGCACAUCAGAGACAAUAAUGAAUAAGCGGAACGUUGGUGGUGUGAGUGCGAAUAGUGGAGAGAGCCAUAGCAAUGGCGGAGGACUACCGCUAUAUCAAGGAUUGCAAAAGGAACAGUCUGUUUUUGAAAGGGGUAAUGCUCAAUUAGAUUACAUCCUGGAAAUGGGCCAGCAAUCAUUUGAGAAUAUUGUGGAACAAAACAAGAUUCUAUCAAAAGUACAAGAUCAAAUGUCGAAUGGCCUGAGAACGUUGGGCGUUUCGGAACGUACUAUCACUUCUAUCAACAAGCGAGUUUUCAAGGACAAACUAGUCUUUUGGAUCGCAUUGAUUCUCUUCAUCAUAGGUAUUUAUUAUGUCCUGAAAUGGCUAAGAUAG